UCUUCCCCAUCACUAUCUCCAUUCCCAAAUACCGGAGCAGAGCAAAGGGCUCAUGGCGUUUUCUUCCCUCGUCCGGCGGAGGUCUUUCCCGUGCCUUGCGAUGUCCUCCUUCGCGAUUAAAACUAUACUUUUCCGAUCGCUCCACGAAGGGCCCGACACGAUCGACGAGCUCCUCGACCGCCAUCUCGUCGAGAAGAAACCCAAGGAGGAGGACCACGACGACGAUAGCGAGCUCACUCGAAGAAGGCUCACCAGCAAUCGUCGGGAGGCGCUUUCCCUCUAUCGCGACAUCAUCCGGGCCUCUCGCUUCUUCACCUGGCUGGACGCCAGCGGCAUGCCCUGGCGGGAGGUCCUCCGGCGGAACGCCCGCCGGGAGUUCGAGGAGGCCCGCUUCGAGAGGGACCCGGAGGUCGUCACGCGGCUGCUUAUUGGCGGCCGCGACGCGGUGCAGAAGGCGUUGGACAAGCUCGUCGAGGCCAGUAAGAAGAGCAUCGAGGCCGAGGAGCAGAAGCGAAGGGAUGGGAGAAGAUGACGAAUAGAUUGCCACUAGUAAAUCUCGAGAAAAGAAGAAAUUCCACUUCAUUUGUUCUCCUUGACGGUACACUCUAUUGGUACACUCUAUUGCUUGGUUUUCUUUUCUCCAUCCGUUUGCGACCUACAGAGAUUUGUGCCCUUCAUCGUGUUACUUAUGCCUUUUGUAAUGUACAAUAUCUUGAAUAUCUGUUAAUUCGAAAUUGAUUAAACCCUGAAUAAAACUUGGGAAUGGAUAGACUUAA